GCAUAACCAUCACACGUACUUCUAAACUCUUUAACUGUACCUGCAAAAUAUAGCAAAAUGUUCUCACUGUUUUUUACAAGCAUGCAACAGUCCACUUGUGCAAAAAACUUUCCAUGACCACGCACAAAUAUCCAAGAGCAUAAAACAAACUUGUUUUCAAAAGAAAAAUGAACCAUCUUUUGUAUCAUCUUAAAAAAUGCAGACUAUGUAGUGACACAUACUGUAGCCUGGCAAGAACUGACUGUGUGUAUUUGAGACAACCCCCAUUCAACAAAAUUAACAUUUCAAUCAUCUUUCUUCCAGUGCUGUUCACCCUUUUCAUGGAAACGGAAGCAAAUCCCUUUGUUUACAACUAUGAAAGGCUACGAAUCGGAGGUCUGAUCUGCGCCUGCUUGUUGGUGGCUGGAGGACUCAGUGUUUUACUCUAUAACAAGUGCUCCAGGAAGGGCAGAAAAGUGGAAGAUGACAACAGUGAAAUCUGAUAGCAUUCAUGACAAACCGGUUUCAGCCAGGAAGAAGAGCAGACAGGCAAGGGGUGGAGAGACUGGGUUGGUAGGGGGAGGGUUUAUGAUCAGAUGAUUGUACCUGUACAGACCCGUGCAAAGAAACACCAUUCAUUUGAAAAAAAAAAAAAAAAAACUUAAAUGCUG